AUGCCACCUGUAACACGGUCGCAGCAAAACAAAAACGCUUCGAGCGGUGACCAACAACAUCAAGAAGAGCAGCAGGAAGUAACCUCCGUUGCCAGUGAAACCAGUACGUUUCUCGGAUUCGCCGAGUGGGAAGCAACGAUGGAUGAGAUAACCAAGAAGGAGUACGAAAAAGCAGUUCGGCAGCGGGCUCAAGUUAAAAUGAAGCUGGUUAGGAUCAAACGUACGCUGAUCGCCAACCAGUCGAUUGGGUUGGCACAAUUGAAUGUGUUAUCCAAAGGACUUUCUGCCACCUACACCGAAUACAGUCAACUACACACCAAGAUUGUUGGAUUAGUGUCGGAUGAAGCGAUGGAGGAUCAGGAACAAGAAUAUGCAGAUUACGAGGAUCUGCAUUAUGGCGUGUCUAACAUUAUUGAAGAGCUGACACUGGCAGCGAAAGCUGCUGAUAAUCAAAUAUCUCCAUCCACUCGUGCUGCUCCUCAAGUGGUCAUCCAACAACAACCGCUAAAGGCGCCUAUCCCGACGUUUGACGGAAGUUAUUCAGCUUGGCCAAAAUUCAAGGCCAUUUUCCAAGAUCUGAUGGCCAACUCGGGGGACAGUGAUGCUAUCAAACUCUAUCACCUCGAUAAGGCGCUCAUAGGCGAUGCUGCUGGUAUAUUGGAUACCAAAGUUCUGAGCGAAGGUGAUUACGAUCACGCUUGGGACAUUUUGACUGACCGCUAUGAGAAUCAACGAGUCAUCGUUGAAACUCACAUUCGUGGGUUACUGUCCUUGAAGAAAAUGGCUUCGGAAUCAUAUAAAGAGCUUCGAGCACUGCUCAACGAAACUACUCGCCAUGUUGAGAGCCUUCGUUACCUGCAGCAAGCUAUUACUGGAGUUUCGGAGCACAUCAUAGUUUACUUGAUCAUCUCAGCGUUUGAAAAGUCAACUAGGAAGGCCUGGGAAGGAACCCAAAGAAAAGGCGAGCUUCCAAAGUACCAGCAAACCAUCGAUUUUAUGAAAUCCAGGUGUCAAAUUCUAGAGAAUUGCGAUGCAGUGUUCCAUACAAAAAACGAAAAGAUCCGAGCCGCCGGAGUUUAUUUUAACUGCCUGCGUAAAGGGCACCGCGUCAGAGAAUGCCCGUCCGAUAAGUCAUGUCGCAAGUGUCAACGCCGGCACCAUACGCUGCUCCAUGAUGAUGGGGCAUCCAACCACGAUACAAAAUCCAACGUUUCCAUGCCCGCGGAAGCAGUGGUAAGCCUACCACCGGUUCCGUCUGAGCCAAGCCAUCCGACGUCGCAGAAGAAUCCCCCCGUGGACCCGCCUGUGUCUACCACCUGCUCGUCCAACUUGGCCCAGUCGCCAAAAACUGUAUUGCUGCUCACUGCAAUUGUGCAGGUAUUUAAUACGAAGAACCAAUCCUAUUCAUGCCGCGUCCUUCUGGACAGUGGCUCCCAGGUGAAUUUCGUGACCGAAGAGUUGGCCAGCCGCCUGGGUCUGCCCAAGAAACCAGCAAACGUCCCGAUUACUGGUAUUAACGCCUUGCGCACCCUAGCCCGUGACAAGGUAACACUGAAGAUUAGAUCCCGAGUAUCCAACUUCCAAGCCAGUCUUGAGUGUCUGAUCACACCGAAGGUGACAGGCACGAUUCCAUCCUCAAAGAUAAACGUCGCCCAUUGGGACCUGCCCGAAGGAGUUGUUUUGGCCGAUCCCGAAUUCCAUACACCAGAUAAAGUAGAUUUGUUGAUCGGCGUUGAGUUGUUUUUCGACAUUUUGAAACCGAGUCAGCUGAGUCUUGCGGACAACCUUCCAAUAUUGCGAGACACUCAUUUCGGGUGGAUCGUAUCUGGUGUAAUAAUUGAACCACAAAUAGUCAACGUUUCCAUCCAACAAUCCAAUCAUGCCUCCAUAGAAAACAUCGAAAAAUCGAUGCAACAGUUUUGGCAAAUCGAGGAGGUGCCAGACGUCCCCAAGCUUUCAACUGAAGAACUCGAGUGUGAAGCUCACUUCCUAUCUACGUACCGACGAGAUGAAAGCGGCAGGUUCAUUGUGAAGCUACCGUUUAAAACGAACAUCGACAAAUUGGGUAAUUGCCGCGCUCUGGCGGUCAAAAGGUUUUUAAUGUUGGAGAAGCGUCUCAUCCGCAACCCAGACCUGCAGGCACAGUAUGUAGAGUUCCUCCGGGAAUACGAAGCUCUUGGGCACUGCAACGAAGUUUGUGAAGACAAUGAUCCACCAAACCAAUUGGCGUACUACAUGCCGCACCAUGCCGUGUUACGGCCAUCAAGCUCGAGCACGAAGUGUCGAGUUGUGUUCGAUGCUAGUGCGAAGUCAUCACCAUUCGAAUUAUCCCUGAAUGAAGUACUGCAAAUUGGGCCCGUAGUACAAAACGAUCUGCAUUUUAUAGUUUUACGCUUCCGAAAGUUCAAGAUUGCCUUUUCCGGAGACGUCUCGAAAAUGUACCGUCAGGUACUCCAUGCGAAGCAGGAUAGACGGUUUCUAAGAAUCUUCUGGAGACCCCACCCGUCGCAGCCACUCCGGAUCCUGGAACUAUGUACCGUAACCUACGGUACAGCAUCGGCCCCAUCUUUGGCCACACGGUGCUUGGUACAAUUGGUGGAAGAAGACGGCGAUGCUUUCCCAAUCGCCUCCCGAAUAGUGAAGGAAGAAACAUAUAUGGACGAUGUACUGUCCGGCGCUGAUUCGGUGGCAGACGCCAUUGAAGCCCAGCAACAAUUGAAGCAACUACUCGAGCGUGGGGGUUUCCCCAUUCACAAAUGGUGUUCGAAUUCAUCUGAAUUUCUCGAACACAUCCCCGAAGAAGAACGUGAGAAGACGAUGCCCCUGGAAGAAAAGGAAGUGAAUGAAACCAUAAAGGUGCUGGGAUUGCUGUGGAACCCGAGUGCUGACACGCUAUCCAUAGCAAAGCAUUCGACUCCGAUGGAAGUUGUUAACCAACGAGUAACCAAAAGGAUGGUAUAUUCGGAGAUUGCCAAGUUCUUCGACCCUCUUGGGCUAGUGUCGCUGGUUAUUGUAUUAGCAAAGCUUCUGGCCCAGCGAUUGUGGCAGCUCAAAAUCGGCUGGGACGAUCCAGUGGACGAAGUGACUACACAAGAAUGGAUGGAACUAAAAACAUCAUUGUCUCAUCUGCAUCACAUUGCCAUCCCAAGAUGUGUAACAUUCGACGAAGUGAUCUCUUACGAUAUACAUGGCUUCUCCGAUGCAUCCGCCGUGGCGUACGGCGCAUGUAUUUAUUUGCGUAGCCUGUUUGCCGAUGGUUCGGCGAAGCUGCGACUCCUCACAAGCAAAUCAAAGUUAGCGCCUCUGCAUGACUUGUCUAUUCCACGGAAGGAGUUAUGCGCCGCGUUGUUGCUGACUCGACUGUUAAGAAAGGUAUUGCCAGCCCUGAAUAUGGCAUACCAAGAAGUUGUACUGUGGUGUGACAGUACAAUUGUUCUGGCCUGGAUAAGAAAGCCGCUCAACCAGCUACAGUUAUUCGUGCGGAAUCGGAUCGCUGUAAUCCAAGAGAACACUAGUGACUGCCGAUGGGAAUAUGUCCGAUCCCUACAAAACCCUGCUGACAUCGUCUCCCGAGGCCAGCUUCCCGAAACCCUGAGAAACAACAGCUUAUGGUGGAACGGCCCUGAAUAUCUCCAAAGAGUAGUCUACGAAAUCGACACUGCCGAGCACAUUCCGGAUGAUCACAACUUCCGGACAAUUCAACGCAUCAUGGGUUAUGUGCUGCGAUUUGUUUCCAACUGUCGGAAACAUCCGUCGCGGCGCGAGGCCAAUAAAUAUUUGACCGUCGAUGAGUUACGUCGUUCUACUGACGUUAUCAUACACGUGAUCCAACACGUUCAUUUGGCGGACGAGAUCAAACGUGUGGUUUCCAACGAGCCGUGCAAGAAACUCGCCAAUCUGCGUCCGGUUUACUCCAAUGGCCUGUUGCGUGUAGGGGGACGUCUAGAUCGCUCCUUAUUACCCUUUGAAAACCGUCAUCCGAUCAUCUUACCGGACAAGGAUCCGGUGAUACGCCUUUUGAUUCGGCAAAUGCAUGUCGAGCAGCUGCACGUCGGGCAAACUGGACUCAUGAAUGCCAUGCGACAACGAUACUGGCUUUUGAACGCACGUUCUACUAUUCGAAUGGUUACUCGAAAGUGCGUAAAAUGUUUUCGAGUCAAUCCGACCAGUACCAGCCAGUUGAUGGGUAACCUACCCGCUGCAAGAGUCGUACCCUCGCCUCCGUUUGCAGUUACCGGCGUGGACUAUGCCGAACCGUUCCUCAUUAAACAAGGGGUGCGUCGACCAGCCUUGAUCAAAGCAUACGCAGCCGUUUAUGUGUGCAUGACAACCAAGGCCGUCCACUUGGAAGCUGUAUCCGACUUGAGUACCGAUGCCUUUCUGGCGUCCUUGAAGCGUUUCAUUGGCCGACGAGGAAUGGUUCAGCAGUUGCACUCGGAUAACGCAACAAAUUUCCGAGGUGCACACCACGAACUGAACCAACUGUUUCAACAAUUUCGCAACCAACAAACUGUACAGGACAUUCAAACCUUCUGCCACAACCGUGGCAUCGAAUGGCGUUUUAUUUCGGCAGACGCACCCGAAUUCGGCGGCCUCUGGGAGGCCGCAGUUAAAUCUGCGAAAACUCACCUCAAGCGCAUUGUUGGUAAUGUAAGGUUAACGUUCGAGGAGUUAACUACCGUUUUGAUUGAAAUUGAAGCUGUGCUGAACUCGCGACCCCUAUUUGCCAUUUCAAACGACCCUGCAGACCCGCUGGUGAUCACACCGGCGCACUAUCUUAUAGGACGACCGCUCACAGCUGUACCCGAACCUUCUCUGGAAGACGUCGCAGUCAACCGUUUAACGCGAUGGCAACAUCUCCAGCUCAUGCGGGAACAUUUCUGGCGUGCUUGGAGUCGGGAAUACCUCAACACUUUGCAACCCAGGAAGAAAAAUCUUCGCACUCAACCGAACAUCAAGGAGGGUAUGGUUGUCCUUCUCCAUGACCGGAACCAACCCCCUCUUAAUUGGAAAAUGGGCCGCAUUACAGCGGUCUAUCCCGGUGAUGAUGACUUGGUCCGAGCUGUCGACGUGCGUUCCGGAGGAACUACCUUUCGUCGUCCCAUCAACAAGAUUUCCGUUUUACCUAUCGAAGACAAUGCGCUUAUUUCCGAAUUCGCUACGACUGUUGAGUGUCCUCAACCGGGGGAGUAUGUUCCGUCACCCGACGGAAGACGGAAGCGAGCGAAACAGCAUUACAUGAUUCACCAACCAACGAGUGCCACGCGAUCUGUUCAUCUCUUUUGUUACCGUAGCUCUGACACCGUACGUCUGUUGCGCCCUGAGUUGAACCGGCAGCAGCGGUAG